AAGUUAACUCAACGCCGAAGCGCCAGAAACCACACCUCGUCUCCAGGCUCCAGCGAUCACUUGCAAGCAACAACGGAAAAACUGCCCGAUUUGCUUCGAUUUUUGGUUGUUUUUCCUUGCAAGCCAAGUGCCAACCAUCCGCAAACGCGCAGGCCGGCUUCGCUCGACCGCCACCACGCCUCGUGCGUGCAUGCGUUUGCACGCUUUAAAUCCUCAUCAAUUCCCUUCCGUUUUCGCAGUAGCAACAUUGGCAGAGACGAGGAAGAGAAUGCGAGCAAGUGCCAGGGCAUCAUCAUCAUCAUCGGCGUCAAUGGCGGCGGCGGCGCAGCGCGACGACGUGGAGUCACGGCGUGAUGGUGGUGAGAAUGAGAAGCGGCCGCUGCUGGAGAAGCGAUCCGCCGGCGACGGCGGCGGCGGCAGCGGCGGAAAUGGCAUGAGCCCGGUGCAGAGGGCGAUCAGCCAGACGUACCAGAGCACGGCGCACCUGGCGAAGCUGCUGCCGACGGGCACCGUGCUGGCGUUCCAGCUGCUGUCGCCGAUCGUCACCAACCAGGGGCACUGCGACGUCGAGGCCAACCGCGCCAUGGCGGGCGCGCUCAUCGCGCUCUGCGCGCUCUCCUGCUUCGUCCUCAGCUUCACGGACAGCUUCCGCGACGCCGCCACGGGCGGCGCCGUGCGGUACGGGUUCGCCACGCCGGCGGGGCUCUGGGUCAUCGACGGCGGCGCGCCGCUCGACCCGCAGGCCGCCGCGGCGUACCGGUUGCGGCUACUCGACCUGGUGCACGCCGUCGUCUCCGUGAUGGUGUUCGCCGCCGUCGCGCUGUUCGACCAGAACGUGGUGUCGUGCUUCUACCCGGUGCCAUCCGAGGGCACGAGGCAGGUGCUCACGGCGCUGCCGAUCGCCAUCGGCGUCGUCGGGAGCAUGCUGUUCGUGAGCUUCCCGACCACACGCCAUGGCAUCGGGUUCCCACUCUCGCCGCGCUAAUAUUUAGUAGAAUUCUGCCUGCACGUACGCCUAUAUGUGCAUAUCCUCGUCUUAGUUCUUUGGACCAUUAAUUGCAUGUAAUUAAAUUGUGACACGAACGAACACACUGUAAAGCUGAUCACGGCCCCAAUGGGCUCGCAAGGAGUCGAUGCUUACAAGUUUAACUUAAUCUACGCUUUGUUUGAGUA